GCUUCUACCGGGCUGUGUUCUCAUUCAGCCGCCUCCUGUCCUGGCAAGAGGACCUGACCGUCGCGAUUAGAGGCAGGCUGUGCCGUUUGUGCGUGCGUGCCCUCUUCAAGAUGGCUUUGUCCGCCGCGGCGCAGUGAUAUCACUCCAGAGAAAGAUCAUAAUCCCAGCCUGAGUUGGAUUACUCUGGAGUGCUGGAGGGAGGUGGAAAAAACCGCCAGCACGACGACAAUCAUCACGAUCACGACGACGAGGAAGAAGGCGCCAGUCAGCAACAUCCUAAGCGGUGUGGAGAUGUGACGCUCGUCGGCGAACCGAUGGCAGAAACACCCGAGAUGGAAUUGCCUUCGGCCCGUCAGGACUGUUUCGUUGAGGCCCAAGAGGAUUCCACCUCAGUGGAGGCCGAGGCAGAAGGCGCACCGUCGCCAGGCGGGAUGAUAUCAAUAACGUCAACGACGACAACAACGGAUGCCGGCGACAACGACUACGCGACGUGUCCAUCCGUCGUGCGGGAAUCGUGUAAAGAUUUGGUGAUGGUGUGCGAGAGAUUGGACGAGAAACCAGAGGACGAAGAAUUCGAAGCGAGACAAUCAAGUGAUAAACCGGAAGCGAGUCCGGUGAAGAGUCAAGUUGAGGAGCAAAAAGAAGAAAAAGAAGAAAAAGAAGCGAAUAUGGAUUUAACAAUAGGCAAGAAAAUCAAUGAGGAAAAUCAGAAAGACGAAAUUGGUGCGAAAUCGACGGAGGACACUCUUCAGGAACUUGAAGGAUCGCCAAGAAUGCCUGAUUCUGAAAAUCGCGAUAUCGACGAGUCCUCGGGAUUGUGGAAGAAUGGGAUCGAGAAGUCCGUAUCGCCAGACAUUUCCAGGAAGAGACCGGCCGCGAGUGAUUUCCUGCCGAUCGGCGCGGAGAUCAAGAGGAUCGGCAUCGAGAUCUCGGAGGAGCAGGCGACCCAACUGAGGAACGACGUCAGGAGACUGUCGCCGGUGUUGGUGAGCCUGAGAGAAAGGACCCUGGGUGAAGUAUCGCUAACCUCAGAGUCCUGUCUCUUCGGGGACGAGCUCGACGGCAGAAUAACGCCGAGGACCUCUGCAGGAUCAUUUAUACCGAAUGAUUCCAGAAAUCAGGACGUCGAUCAGAAUCGCGAGAAACAGGAUGCGGGUGAGGAGAAGAAGGAGGAGAAGGAAACGAUCGGUAAGAUUGGCUCGGAUCCUUCGGAAUGCACGAGCAGCGGCGACGUCGAGGCGACGUUGAGCUGCGUGAGCAGAAAGUUAGAGUACGACAACGAGAGCGAAAUUACGACGUUCGGCGUCGACGUGGCUUCUCCGAUAUUCUCGAAAAGCGACAAUUUGGACGGAACGACAGAAUCCUGUCAAGACGACAUCAAAGAUGCGAACGUGGCCACAAACGCUAGAAGCGAGUCUUGCACGCCGAUUAAAAAACAUGUCGACGAGGCAGCAAUGAGUCCCACGGUACCAUCGAGUCCCAUCUGUCGAAAUUUAAGUAUCGUUCUGAAUCGCAUCGAAAAUGAAGAUUUAAAAAAGAAAAGUGCCCUAGAUACAAACGUCGACGACAAUAUAUGGAAUUACGUUGUCGGGGAGAGCUCAUCUUGUUCCAAUGGAAAAAGGAAUUUCGUCGAGGAGGAGCGUGAUUCGUUCAAAGCGACUUCGGAGACUUCGGAGAAGAAUUCAAAGAAGCAACGAUGGCAGAGCCCCACUAAUAAUUCCAGUCCAAUGACCAGAUCGAAAAAAUAUGAGCCGAUAGAGAGUGCUCAGAUAGUGGAGAGUCCAGAUAGUGGAAGGGUCCUGAAGAAGUGUAAAGUGGUACUGGAGCGAAUGAGCCAGAUCACGGAUCAUCCAUCGCAGUCGGAAAACGCCGAGGAGAGUGGAGCUUUAAGGGAGAUCGAGAAGGACGACGAAUCCGCGCCUGUCGCCGUGAUUGGUAAACUCGAGGAGGAUGAAGAGGUGGUGCUGGCGAGUUCGUUGCCCACGGUCGAGGGCAGCCGCGUGUCCAACGAGCUGGACUCGUCGGAGACGAUGCCGAGUUCGCCGGAAGAGACGCCGGAAGUAUCGGUGGAUGUUGCCGAGGGCGUCGACACCGAGACGGAAACGGAGACCGGCUCCGACAGUUCGGAGGUGUCGCCCAUCACCAGCAUCCGUCACGAAUUGCGUGACGUCGAUAUGGCGCCCGAUCAACUACCGUGCUCCGAGGGAGUCACUUUGUGCUGCGUGGAGACGAUGGCGCCGAUCAUGACGAGAUUGGAGGCCGACCGACCGGAAGCGUACACGGAGGACUCCGCCGAGAGCCUGGCCUUGGCGACCGGAGCCAGGGACGAGGUCAGGUCCGACGGGAGCGAUUCUGGUCUGGGGAACGAGAUCCCUGGUGACCCAGGACCGGCUCCUGCACCGGAAAGUGAUUCAGAAACCUCUUUCCUCGACAGACUGCCGGAUGACAUUCUUUCUGAUAAGGAGAAAGGAGUGAACCAGUUGGAUGGCUACGCGGCGUCCUCGGGGACACCCGGGACGCCGGGACAGUUACCUCUGACGAGCUUCCGGACGCUUCCGGCCAAGAGCAACCUAAAGCGUAGGCUGACCGACUGCAUGGAAGGUGACGAGUCGCGGGGCAACGUCGACGAGCCUUUGAAGAAGAAGCGCAACAUUCAGUUCGACGCAGUGACGGUCUAUUACUUCCCCAGGGCGCAGGGUUUCACCUGCGUACCUUCCCAGGGCGGCAGCACCCUGGGCAUGAGCGCGACGCACACGCACGCGGAGAGGUUCUCGUUGUCGGAGCACGCAGCCGAGCAGAGACGGAUCCACCGAGCGCGUCUUGCGCAGCUGCGUUCCGAACGCAACUGCGCGACCAACUGCGUGACCGAGACGGCGUCCAGCUCGGAGGACCCGAGCGAUGACACCGACGAGGAGCCGAGCGACAACGAGGAGCUCGACAUCGACAGUUAUUACUUCCUACAGCCGGUACCCACGUGGCAACGCCGGGCGCUCCUUAGAGCCGCCGGCGUACGGAGGAUAGAUGCUGUCGAGAAGGAUGAAUGUCGUGAUAUCCGCGCUAGUAGAGAACAUUGUGGAUGCGGUUGCAAAGGAUACUGUGAUCCUGAGAGCUGCCCUUGUAGCAGGGCCAACGUAAAGUGUCAGGUGGAUCGACCAGGUUUUCCUUGCGGCUGCACACGAGAUGGUUGCGCGAACAGUACAGGCAGAAUCGAGUUCAACCCAGUGCGGGUGCGAACGCAUUUCAUCCACACGUUGAUGCGAUUAGAACUGGAGAAAAAGCAGCGUGACGAAGACGGUAGCGGCGAUCACGAUCAGGUGAUGGACAAUCAGGGGCAGAAUGGUAGGGGAGCUCGUCCUCUAAGGGACAUUAGUUCUCUGGGGAUGGAAGCUACUGUGGGUGACGUGUGCGCUAUUCCGGGUACGGGACCCGGGGGAGGUGGAUUCACGACUUUACACUAUGAGACAAGUCACGAAGGUGUCGGAGCUGGAGUGGCUGGCUGCCAACCAGAAGUACCUGGCACACGGGAGGACAGUCUUGACUUGUACGUCAUUAGGGAUGAUUGUUACGCGAGCGAAGAUGCAGUAGAUAGCAGCCAAUCGGUCGUCGUGCAGCGGAAACUGCAUCCAGAAUUCGGCCAGGCCUUUCAGAGCUUUUCACCCGGCGUGCAGAGCAAUGCUACCGGCGGCGGCGGUGGUGGCGGUGGUGGUGGCGGCGGUAGUGGUGGCGGCAUGAAUUUCCAGCAGUCUUCGUACCAGGACUAUGGAUCGCCGUAUGCGAGUUUGCCAUCUACGUCGCGAUUCCAGCCGCCGCCGCCGCAGUUCCAAUCGCCGCCCAAUCCGGCUGCCUUCGCGCACUACGGUCCCUACGGUGGUGGACCCCAAGACGCAGCGGGUGCCGCUCUUCAGGGCGGUUGUACCGCCCAGGUACAUCAAAUGGCGCAGCCACCGCCACCGCAGGGCCAGCAGCAGCAACAGCAGCAGCAUUCGUCCUAUGAUGCGACGGUGUUCGCGCAGGAUGACGCUACGAGUACCGCACAGUACACGAAUCUCACCAACUCGGUGCAGCCGAUGAAUGCAACAGUGGUGCAGCAAAUGCAGAGUAAGCUCGAGCCUUUCUCGGAACUGCUCAGCGGCAGGUACUCGUACUACGGUGAGAUGCAUGAACCGCAGCAGCAUCACGGUACUUACGGUACUCACGGUACGACCAGCAAAGUCGCGGAAAUGAUCGAGCCCAGUCAGGUAACCGGCGAGCCACAGCCCGAUGGCGCGUCCGAGGACUGCGACGAGAAUUUCGGUGAGAUCAUCAAGAAGUCUAUGGUGGAGACUGUGUCUGCCUAGGAUGAAGGAAGCCUACCUCGCGUCGAAAAUGUCUAGGACGUAACGUUGCCGCUGGUUUCUUCAAAAUCGAAAGGCUGAAGCCUUUUCCUGUCCACGCGACGAGAACAAGGAACUCGGCCCUUAAUGCUUGAUAGUCCGUUUUUUCGAGUCCUUUAUCCAGGACCGUUUGAAUACAGGGACACUUGUCACACUCCGUGAACGUUGCUCGGUUCCUUCAAAGUCUGGAAAAUCGAAAUCCUUCGGAUCUCUUCCAAUUUUGCCAAUAAUCUCGAAAACGAGAACUUCGAGGACAAUCUAGAUGGAAGAAGGGAUUCCGGGGGUUGUUGACGGUUCGCCCUUCCGUGCGAUACACGUGAACAGGAGCGAACAUGGUGCCCUCCGAGGGAGAUGGAAACCCUUCUCCUGGGGCCACGGGUUUUUGAGAGAUCUCGUUCGAGAUCGUUAGAGAAUUUUACGGCUACGACGUAUGCGUCCGCCCGGGAUGGAGAGACUCGUCACGUCAUCGUCGACGCCGUCCUUAAUCAGGAUCGACGCGCCGGUGAAGUUACUCUAUACAGCACAGAAGCUUGCAGCAACGUUGCAAUGUUAUUGUAAUAUUUCUAGAACGUUGCAAAUGUUGAUGUAAAUUGCUGGAAUAAUCUGUGCUGUAUGAGACUUCGCGAUAUGAAAUUUUGCGAGCUUAUAAUUCUUUUUCACUGCGAUCGAGACUAGAUUGAAAGUGCGGAAGAAUAGUAGUAGAUAGUGAAGAUGAGUGACUCGUCCGGCGCAGACUGACGACGAUGUACGUUAUGCGAGACGACGACGUGGAUCUGGCCUUGGCAGGUGGGAUCAGAAAUUCUCAAGUAGGAGAUUGGCCAUUGUCCGUCAUAUAUAGAAUGGAUAUAUCAGUAUAAUAUUUAAGAUAGAAUGAGAUGCAUAUAUAUCUUCUAGGUGGAAUGAAACAUUUCAGGAAUAUUGUAGCAACGUUUCAACGUUUUAUGCUACCUGGGCUCAUUCUGUUCUGUGAAUCUAUCUAUCCUAAAUCUGGUGAUCCUAAAUAUGUUGGACCAAUCAAAAGUCUAAACAGUGACCAAUCUCUUAUUUAUAGUCUGUUCUUUUCAACUGUACUUCUUCAACUGUACCAAUCAUCUCUUCCUCUCCAUAUUAGAAAGAAAAGGAGGGAAGAUGAACGUUGCAAGAAGUUUAGCUUGAACAAACAGACUUUUGAGUAUUUUUAGGUGGGACCUCCAAGCCCUGGGAUUCUCGUCGGAAAUCUUCAAGAGCGAUCCGUGAGCAAUGUUAAGAAAAGAUUUUAACGAGGUUGUGACCAAGAAAUAACACAUGGGAUCAGCUUAUAGAUUGCAGUUUAUAAUAUCUAACUUUAAGCGUUAAGGAACGACCGACCGGGAGCGGGUCGCGCGUCCUUUUAGACGAGUCUUGAGGGGCUGCGUACGUGGAAAAUGUAUCGAUCUAGAGCGAAUCUGCGCUCGCUCUAAUUCGAGAGAAUCGUUCUGGAAUACACAUAUACACAAAUACACAAACACACAACUAUACAGCACAGAAGCUUGCAGCAGCAUUGUUAUCAUGUUGCAACGCCAUUACAUUAUUUCU